AUGGUCGGCAGUGAGGCUUCCGAUAGUCAGCGAAGAGGAAGGCCUCUUCUAGCAACGGCGGCCCAGCAGUUUCCGGCCCCGACAGCAGAGCCCAGAAGAUCGCGAACGAGAUCCAGGGAGCCCGAAGAGGCCAACACACGCACAGAGCAAGAGCCUGAACUCAACAUGAGGAAAGAAGAAGAGGAUAAGAUCCGGAAUAUCAAAAUGGCAGUAGAAGAUGAGUUCGCCAAAGUGAUCCCAGCAGACUCUUUGAAGCUGAUCAAAAAGGUGUCUUUGGAACUUGCAACGAAGAUAGAACAGCUGCAGAAGACCAACUCCCGCAUCAUGCAGCAUGAGAAAGACAUCGAGUGCCUGAAGAUGAUGAGGGUUCCGAAUGGGAUGAAGCCAGUUUCGUUCCCCUACGAGACUCCCUUCUUGGACUCUCUUACCUUUGGAGAGAGUUCAUGGCACGUAGAGAUCCCAGAGCAAACUACGCUGAGGGAUGCUAAGAAGAUCAUCCACUGCAGCUACCUGCACUCCAUGCGGAAGAUUGACCUGAUGAUAGCUAAUGCCCAGCGAGUAGACCUUCGAAAAGCCACCAAGAAGUCUGAGUUCGUGAACAAGUGCUCAGAGUCUUUCAAGUCUAAAGUCCAGACUUGGCGGGAUUUAGAUCUGGAUUUUGAAGAGGAAGAACCGGAAGCCAACAAGAUCACAACCAGCAUGGUGGAGUCCAAAGCGAGCAACGUCUACAACAAGACUGUGGACCAGGCGGCAGCUUUAGUCAAGAAGCGCAAGGAUCACUUGAAGUUCCAGGAGAAGAAGAAGCAGGACAUGGUCAACAAGAUGCUCCUGAAAACCCCGGAAGAGCUGCUCAAGCAAACGAUUGACGCGCGCAUCAAGGAGAAUGUGAAGCAACGUUCGGCGAACAGCAGCAGAGAUGGAGUGAACCCGCACUUGAACUCAGCCAGUGCGUUCGUGGCUACCACCAGUGGAAUGCAAAGUGACCCUGUCGAGACCUUCUGGAUCGAGACCGCCAAGCAGAACAACAAGACUCAGCAAGAAGAGAUGGUGAGACGGUUCCUUGACCUCACCCGCAGCAUGACCGCUCCAGAGUUGAAAAUUUUGAUGGAUUGUGGAAAGGGCCACCCGGGUGCCUACUUCUAUGUUCCUGAAUACAACCGUGCCAUCUCCCAAUGGGAGAACAAGUUGAGAUGGAGGCUAUUCCAUUCUGAAUCCGAGGGGGACAGCCAGGAGCGAUCGGUAUGGUGGAAGCUGCGAAGCCGUAGAAGCACACCACCAUGCCCUCACAAGCUGGCUGAUGAAUGGGAAGUUUUCAUCUAUGAAUUGAAGAGAGGAGUCUUCACCACGGCCUAUGGGAAGCGAAGCAGUUUGAAGUUUUCUCAGUCUUGCAUUUCGAACCUCAGCAGAGUAGCAAAAUGGGGAAUCCAAAUGCUGCGCGAGGGCCCGGUAGGAGCUGUGCGUACAGACAAGGAUGGGGGAUAUGCUCUCGUCUGGAAGCAGUCUCUUGCGAAGGCGGUCCUUGAUUCCUUAUCUUUGCCCGUCUACGGGGAAAGAUUUGCUCAUGAAGCAAUGGUUGAGGAUAUCGCUCAGGACUACACCUACAUAGUCAAGUACAUCGGCCACCAAACAGAGGACGCAGAUCUCUAA